CGUGACCAUCUUGUCAUUCAUCGCGCUCGUGACGGAAGCAAGGAGCACAGCUCCCAUUUGUCUCUGAACCGAAUCGAAGGGAAGUGCCGUACUGAAAAGCAAAUCAUCAUGGCGUCGGAUCCCACCAAUAUCUUUGACGCUCAAUUCAGCGUCUCGAAGAUUGACCCAGAUGGAAAGAAGUUUGAUCGAGUCUCCCGCAUCGAAGCUUACUCGCAAGCGUCCGACAUUAAGCUCUCAAUCGACAUUGCGACCGACAUUUACUCCAUGGUAAAUCGGCCAAAUUUCACAUUGCAGCUCGCAACGCAAUUACAACGCGGCACAGGAAACGAAGACGUGGAUCAGCAAGGGGAUGGAGGGGCUGGUGCGGCACAAGGACGGCCGGAAGCCUGGCGGAUAGAUGUGCCUGGAAAUGAAGGGAUCAGUGCCGACUUUGACUAUGUUAUGUACGGAAAGAUCUACAAGUUUGAUGAGGGGCAUUCUGACACAGUCACUGUGUACGGCUCUUUUGGCGGCCUGCUUAUGGCAUUGACAGGAUCCUACAGGCAUCUCAGCGGUAUCACGAUCGGAACAUAUGUCUACCUGUUGAUCCGAUAGUUGGCUUAUGUAUUUCAAACCGGUCUCAUUCAGUCGCUUGUCGUGG